AGGUCUGUCCCUGCCGCGGGCCGGCAGCAGAGCGGACGUUCCGCCCUGCUCCCGGCCCCCUCUUCGCCCGCCCGGUUCGCCGUGUUAACUGCUGUCCGGAGCUUUCGUGACGCGGAGCUUCAACUGCUGCGAUCCGGAAGAAGCAAAAGGGAGUCCCCCCGCCCCGCACACUGAGCGCCCGGGCGUGCAAACGUGGGCGGCAGAGAGCGGCUGCCCUCCCUUCCCCUCUCCCCCCUCCCAUCGCGGCGCUCCUGUGUGUGCGGGUGUGUGAGUGCGUGUGUCUCCCUCGCUCCCUCUCGCACACGUUCCGGCACUAGUGCAGGCGGCGAGCCGGCGGCUCUCCGCUCGCUCUCUCCGGCAGCUGCGCUCCCGCCUCGCCCCGGCGCCGCCGCCGCCGCCGCCUCUGCAGUCGCAGCCGGGCAUGGACCCGCCCGGACGGGACCACGCCGCCGCCGCCGCCCGGAGCCGUGCUUCGGGUCCUGCCUAAGCCGAGCAGCGCGCGGGGCCGCCGUCACCGCCGGCGGGGGAUGGGGCUGCCCGGGAGGCGCGCCGAGCCCGCAGGGGGAGCGCGGAGCCGGCGCGCAGCCUGAGAGCCCGAGCAGCCCGCGCCGGGCCGGUCCGUGCGCACCGCGCGCCGCCGCCGCCACUGCCGCCCGCGCCUCGAUGGCGCCAUCGCCCCGGCGCCGCUGACCGCUCCGCGCCUCCAGCCCGGCCCGCGCGGCGGGUCUUCCGAGCCCGGCCCGCCGGGGGAGCGGCCCGCCGCGGAAGCCUCCCCGCGCCCUCCCGCCCGGCCCCGCCAUGGCGCUGCGGCGCCUCCUGCUGCUGCUGCUGCUCUCUCUGGAGUCCCUGGACCUGCUGCCCAGCGCCCACGGAGCCCGCGGCCGCGCCGCCAACCGGACCCUGAGUGCAGGCGGCCCUGCCGUCGGGGGCCGGAGGGCCGGGGGCGCCCUGGCACGGGGCGGCCGCGAGCUGAACGGCACCGCCCGGGCGCCCGGAGUCCCGGAGGCGGGAAGCCGGCGGGGGCAGCCCGCGGCGGCUGUGGCGGCGGCGGCGGCGGCCAGCGCGGCCGUCACCUACGAGACGUGCUGGGGCUACUACGACGUGAGCGGCCAGUACGACAAGGAGUUCGAGUGUAACAACAGCGAGAGCGGCUACCUGUACUGCUGCGGCACCUGCUACUACCGCUUCUGCUGCAAGAAGCGCCACGAGAAGCUGGACCAGCGCCAGUGCACCAACUACCAGAGCCCGGUGUGGGUACAGACGCCCAGCACCAAGGUAGUGUCGCCGGGGCCCGAGAACAAGUACGACCCGGAGAAGGACAAGACCAACUUCACCGUCUACAUCACCUGCGGGGUGAUCGCCUUCGUCAUCGUGGCCGGCGUCUUCGCCAAGGUCUCCUACGACAAGGCCCACCGCCCUCCACGGGAGAUGAACAUCCACAGGGCUCUGGCUGACAUCUUAAGACAACAGGGACCAAUCCCCAUAGCACACUGUGAAAGAGAAACUAUCUCGGCUAUCGAUACCUCUCCCAAAGAGAACACGCCGGUCAGAUCGUCCUCCAAAAACCACUACACUCCUGUGCGUACGGCCAAGCAGACUCCAGGGCAUUAUGGGAAGGAUGCUUACCGAAGUGGAGGACCUGAUCUCCAUAACUUCAUCUCAUCUGGAUUUGUCACAUUAGGAAGAGGACACACCAAGGGUGAUCAUCAAUAUAACCAUCCGAUUUUGAGCAGUGCUACCCAGAUCCCGCCACAUGAGAAGCCACGGAUGAACAACAUCCUGACAUCAGCCACCGAGCCCUAUGACCUUUCCUUCUCCCGCUCUUUCCAGAACUUGGCCCACCUGCCCCCAUCCUAUGAGUCUGCAGUAAAGACCAACCCCAGCAAGUAUUCAUCUCUGAAGAGGCUAACCGACAAGGAGGCUGACGAGUAUUACAUGAGACGGCGGCACCUGCCCGACCUGGCUGCCCGCGGCACCCUCCCUCUCAAUGUCAUCCAGAUGUCCCAACAGAAGCCGUUGCCACGGGAACGACCCUGCCGGCCCAUCCGGGCCAUGUCCCAGGACAGGGUCCUGUCCCCGGAUCGGGGCCUGCCAGAUGAGUUCAGCAUGCCCUAUGACCGCAUCCUGUCCGACGAGCAGCUGCUCUCCACGGAGCGCCUGCACUCCCAGGACCCGCUGCUGUCCCCGGAGCGGACGGCCUUUCCCGAGCAGUCGCUGUCCAGGGCCAUCUCGCACACGGACGUCUUUGUGUCCACACCCGUGCUGGACCGCUACCGCAUGAGCAAGAUGCACUCUCAUCCCAGUGCCUCCAAUAACUCGUACGCCACCCUGGGCCUGAGCCAGACGGCAGCCAAGCGCCACGCCUUUGCCUCACGCAGACACAACACAGUGGAGCAGCUGCACUACAUCCCGGGCCACCACACCUGCUACACAGCCAGCAAGACCGAAGUGACCGUGUGACCGGCGGGGCAGGGCUGGGGCUGCUGGCCGUGGCAGAGCAGAGCAGGGGCCAGGAGGGGCCGGGAGCAGAGCUUCUAGCCUUGCCACUCUCCCCUCCCUCGUCCCCUCUGUAGGAAGUGGGGGUGGGCCACCUUUGCCCAAAAAGCCAUACCCCCGGGGACACAGCCCUGAUGACCUGGUUCAAUACGCUUAGACCCAGGACCAAGAGUAAUCGCUCUUGCUCCUCCAGAAGAAUCAAUGGGGAGUGAGGAGGGUGCCAGGCCCCAUUCUUACCCCCGACCACCUUCGCCAACUCCCUUUCCAUCCUGCGCCUCCUUCUCCCCGUCCAGGGGACUCAGCUGCAGGUUCUGUCAGCAAAGAGACCCUUGCUUGACCGUGGUCUGAAGCUGCCUGGGUUUGAAGGGGCCAGCGGGUCCAAUCAGUGGGCUGACCGAAUAGGCUACUCGGUCUCAUUCAUUUACCUAGAACCGCAUCACAGAAAUCUUCUAGUGCCUAAAAACUGCCUGCUCGCUCUCUCAGAGCCAGGGAGCUGCUGUGUCCAUAAGCACAAUAAUGAUUCUUUUCUUGCCUGCUGGAACUCUCUGGUCCCCACUGAGUGACCCUUCCUUUGCUGACCCCUGAGGGCCCAACCCUGGCCCUGUGCCCCUCCCCUCAACCCCAGGACCAGGAGGGGUUUCCUUCCUUCAGCUGCCUCCCCAUUGGUGGGAACUCCGCCCCCUUCCAGCUGACUGCCCGCCCAUAAGGACCCUGAGCCUGUCCUGUUAGCGGGCUGUGCUCCUCCCCUGGGCCUGUCCUGUUAGCGAGCUGUGCUCCUCCCCUGGGCCUGUCCUGUUAGCGGGCUGUGCUCCUCCCCUGGGCCUGUCCUGUUAGCGGGCUGUGCUCCUCCCCUGGGCCUGUCCUGUUAGUGGGCUGUGCUCCUCCCCUGGCCUUGAGGACUUCACCCUUGAGUUCUCUGGGGUUUUGGCUGUAGCCUUUGCAGAGGGGAGUAGCGAUGGGGUGCUGGCCCUCCCAGACACCUGAUCAUCUCCACACUCCCUCCAGGCCUCUAGACCUGACCAUGACUGCCACUCUGGCCGCCUUCUCCACCCCUGCUCUGCUCCCAGGAGGCACCUGCGGUGGCCCGAGAGCCAGGGUGGGGAGGGCCACUGUGAUGCGCGGGGUCUCGGGCUCAACAUUCGCAUCCUGCAGGGCUCCACCUGUUCCCACAUGCACCUCCAGCAGGACCCAGACAGAAGUUUCUAGAGAGCGGCUCUUCAGCCCCCAGACAAGGAGGAUGAGAGGUGGUUGUCCUGCACCCUCUCUGCCCAUCCUUCCUUCCCCAUCUCUGUCUACCUGCUCAGUUCAGAGAUCACUCCUACUGCCUGUCUCCCCUUCCCCCAUAUCCUCCCUGCAACUUUAUUCUUCCUGGCUGUUCCUUCUUCAGAUCCGUGCCUCCUCUGGAUCAAAGGGACAAAGACCUAUUAGCAAAAGCAAACGAAGGUCCUCCAGGCGACUGGCCUAGGGGCUAACUGGGCAGGUCCCCACAGUAUGGUCCCUUUCUGCAGGCACUGGGGCACCUGGUAGACCAUGGUCCUCAGCUCUGUUGAGGGACCACCACUGCCCGCCCACCUCAGCCUCUUCCCCGCCUCCAGCCUGGGGGUUGGCAUGGUGUGAUGGCCUCCUGGGGAGGUGACAGUGAAUUCAGCAGCAUCCACUCCCCCAAGACCAGAGAGCCUGGUGGGGAAAAGAAGGGGUUCCCUCAUUCUCAGGGCCAGGGCACCCGCUGGGUUGGGGCUGGGGGAAUCAACUCCAGGCUAUUGCGUGAAGGUGUGAUCUAAAAACAGUCAGAUCCAACAGCAGUGCCCUUAUAAAUGGGGUUUUACCUGCCCUCAGUUCUGCACUCAUGGCCCUUUAAAAAGGCGAGUGUAGAAGGAGAAUUUAUUGGUGCCAGCCCUGGAGACUUUUAAUCUAACCAAGUCCACAAACCACAGAGAAAGCAAUGGACUGUGUCCUUUCACUGAUUUCAAGAGUUCCAAAGCUCUCAUCUCCUUCUCCCCUCCCCAGGGUGUGCCUCCCAACAGGAACAGGAAACCAUCACCCUGGAUCUUAGGGGGAUGGAGGCUGGGGGUUGUGAAAGCCACCCUCAGCCCCCACACUGGGGACACACUCCUGGAGUUGUGCGGCUGGAAGGCCAGGGACUACGCUCUCCACUUUCCUCCCAACAGACACAUAAACCUUCUUAGGGCUGGUCCCCAGGGGUUUAUGAGUUUGUUCCAGAAGAUGAGGCUAAGAGGGUUGGAAAGGAAGAAGUGAGUCUGAAUAGAGCAGGUGGCUCCCAGCUGGGCCCCUGAGCCCAGCACCUUUGAAUCCUCUAAUCUGUGGCCAUCCCUGGGAAGGCAGGAUGCUGGUGGUGAGGGGAAAGGACCUGAGUGGCUGAGAAUGCCCUUCCCAGGUGUCUACAUGCAGGUAUACACCAAACCAGAAAGCUGAUCCCAUCUCCAGUGUCAAAGCUUCUCAGCACCAAGUUCUCCAGCCCCCAGGGUGACACUUUUCCCCAGGGGUCCUCCCCAAGCCCUGUCUCUGACAGGGUUUCUGUCUGUCUCAGGGGUUGUUGAUGAGUUGAUUCCAAGACAUUUCUCAUCCCAGCCUUACCACUGUCUGGCUGAAAGUAUCUGAUGUCAGUUGGGUUGGAAAAUUCUACUGCAAUGCUUACUUCUUUUUGAGGAUUUCUUCUGCUUCACCUUUGGGUCUAGAAGCAAGGAGUGAAGGGAGGGAGAGAGGGAGGAAGGAAGGGAAGGAGGGAAGAAAAAAGAAAGAGAUAGGUCUACAAACUUGCUCCAAUUCAGUCCCACAUUUCAAAAUCCAGAAAACUGUGUCAUAGCUGGGACACAGAGGUAUCCCAUUUAUUCAGCUGUUCCAUCCAUCUUUAUGGAACAAGCAAAGCCACAUCACUAGGCAAGUUCACGUAGCAGAUAAAAGAGGUUUCUGGGGCUGGAACCUAGAUGCCAUGAUGAACCAGGCUGGUGGCCUCUACCAUACAUAGAAUUACCAUCUACCCUUACAGUAAAAGCCUCCCUCCCCCUCACAAAGGAAGCCUAAAGCCCAAGAUUUCCCUCCCCUUGUUUUAUUCAUUCUUGCACAUUAUUGCUCUAACAGGAAUGAACUGGAAUCUGCACAGGUUCUCUCCUGCCCCGAAAGUUCUGCCUGGUCUCCUUGGCCUCUGGUGGCACUGAAGCUCUCAUAAUCCCUCCUGCACCUCCACCUUCCCUGUCUUGCUCCAGGCUCCUGGCUCCAUGCCUUCCUGCGUCAAAAAGGCUUUGCCCAGAAUUCCUUCACCUCCUAACAGGGCUUCUGCCCUCAGGGCUCCCCCAGUGUCUUGGGAGUGUCUUGGGCCAUGCAUUUGCCUCUUAGAAAGUUCCAACCUUGCCCCAAAUUCAAAUUUCUCCUCCCCUCUUUCCACUCUCCCUCCCAGAAACUCCUGAUUUCCAGAAAACCUGAUUUCAAUGCCAGGUCACUCCUUCCUUCCUCUCAUCUCCCUCUUCCUCCAUCUACCUUUCCUCUAUUCCUAAUUUCUUUUCCCUGGUCUUGCUAUAAUCUCCAGCUCUAAAAAUCAGAGCUCUCAGUGAAAACAAUGGAAGAAUAAGACAUUCUUUGGGUCUUCUGUUUGCCUCACUGGUGUAUCCUUCAUCUCCUGCCCCUGCGAGUUGAUACCCCAGUGCACGGAGCCAAGGGCUUUCCCCCUCUGAGCUCUGGGAGGGAAGGGAAUGGAGCUCUCGGUUUGAGAUGUCAUGGCCUGUGAUGGUCAGUUUGGUUCCUGCCACUAGCAAGUCCCCUGAAGCUCCCAACCCAGCCUGAUGUUAGCCCAGAAGCUCCUGCUCUGGCCAAAGACUCCUAUCCUUGAGGGCUCUCAGCCGCUGCUCCAACACACUUGCCCCCUUCCUGCUUGUGUAUGUCACCUAUCCUCCUUCGUCCACAAAGACUUGAGGGCCUCCUGAGUCUCCAAGCAUGGAGCAAUAUCCACACCAACAUCCCUGCCAUCAAACUCAAUCCAUUUUCUUCAGAGACACCUUGUCUGUCACCAGCCUCCAACUUCAUAUUCCUUCCACAGGCAACUGUGCACUUGACCCAAGGUAAAAUGAAAGGGCUGCCAAUCACUCGGACUCCAGAAGGCGCCUGCCCUGAGAAAAGCUGGCAUGUUACCUCCCACAUACAUUUCCUGUCAUCCUCUCCGAAUCUGGGAAAUUUUGCUCUGGAGUAUUUUCAAGAAAGCGCAUUGUGUUUUAAUGAAGUAUUUUUCAGGGUUCAAAUGUUAUUUUUUAUAAAUGCAGCAUUUUAAUGGCAGAUUCAAUAUGAAGGACAUGUCUUCCUGGGCUCUAUAUUUGAUUUUGGAAGGCAGCAUACUCCCGGAGAAAAAAAAGCACAGGGCUGAGGCUCUGGAGACACAGCUUCCAGCCCUGGCUUUGUCUCCGAGGGGGAGUCAUGUUCCCCACUCAGUGCCUCAGUUUCCCCAUCUGUAAAAUGAGGGGCUUUGACUAGAUGAGCUCUGAAGUUUCAUCCAGCUCUUACACUGUAGGGCUUUCAUUCCCUGCCAGCACCUGCUCUCCCCGUUCCUCCCCACCUCCACUGAGCUGCACACAUCCCACAACGCCUGCCCCACAGCAAUGUCCUCAGAUGUCCUGGACAGCCACCGCACUCCUCACUAGACCCUGGGGUGGGCCUGAUGGGCUCGAUCACCCAGGGAUGCCCUCGUACCUGAAGUUUAAGGGCCUAACGAUUCAAUAGGUCACCAACUGUGUGCCAUGGAAGCCCUCUUGUAGAGACAUGCCUAAACCAUCCUAAGUGACUGUGGAAUUCUGGGGAAUUCUGAGUUUGGAGUUUCCAUUUGGAUACGGUCCUUAUAGCUGGAGGGAGGCAGUUCCAAUUUCAGAGAGAGAGAGCUGGCUGGAGAGAAAGGUCUGGAAGUUUGCCCACAAGGGCAUGAAGUUUGUACUUGAGGGCAGCUGGGAAAUUCAUUUCAAGCUGCAGAGGAACAUGUGCACAGGCUGUUGUGUGGCAAUGAAUGUCAUGAUAUCCCACUCUGAAAUAUGUCUCCUGAAGACCAAGUCUGGAUACUGAGGCUCCAUUCCAACUGGAGGAGGAGGUAUCACUAUCUGGGCUGCUAGGAAGGGGCAUUCACCCCAUCCUAGUACCUUUCUAGUCCUUUUCAUGACACUACCGUCCUCCCGGUGAAGGCUUGUGAAGCAAGAAUGGAGAGUCCAAGUUUGUUAUCAUCAAACUCAUCUUGUAAAUCAGCAAACACAUGAACCUUCCAUCAGUCAGAGAAAUAAUGUUGUGGCUGUGUGUUUCCUUAAUGCUCUCCUUCCUGAGGGAGGAGAAGACCCUGCUUAACUUUGCUGCCCACCCUGCAGUGACCCCUGAAUGCCACACCAUGGGAGGACUCAUUCAUUGGCUUUGUAGUGGCAAAUAUUCCUCUAGUUCUAUAACUCAACUAGACAUUUUGUAGUAAAGAAUUCUUGAAAUUCUCUAAUAAAAAGCAAUUCUUACUGUAAUAUUUUUAGUUUGGGGACACAAUUUCCUAAGGGGGGAUUAAUGAACAUUUUUAUGCAUUAGCCCAAUUUAUGAAUUCCAUGUUUAUUAUAUGGUAGUACUGAUGAAAAGUACCUUUCUAUCUGUAUCUUUGCAGUUUCUUCGUUACUCACACGUAAGCUUCAUGGUAAGCAGUGCUCUAGUAACUGCUUCUCUGUACAAAUCUCAUCGUUCUACUUACCUGUCAAAGCACAUUCUACAUGUACUGUAAACAGAUACACUUUAGUAAGAUUUAGUCUUAAGGAUUUUUCCACUUUUGUCAGUAACAGAUAUUUAUGGAUUAAAAAAUAAAGCCGUUUCAACAUAA